AUGGUAAUUUGCCAGCCGGUGGCUUUCAAAACCCACCGCCGCCACCACAGGCCACGGUUGCCAUGGGAUCAGACCCAAAUGGACCGGGCAGCUUCCCCCUUCCCUUCCCGUUCAAGCUCCGCCAUUGAAACCGCCAGAAUUCACCAGAAAGAAGUCGAGAAUAGGCCGGUUUUGCUCGAGAUUUCCAGCCGUUCGUUCUCCGUCAUCCGGCCACCAUUUCCGGUGAUCUAG